AUGGCGGAAAAACAUCGUUCGUCAAAACCUUCACCAUCUCGUUCAUAUCAUCGUUCACCAUCAUUUUCACAACAUCGUUCAUCAAAGCGACAACGAUACUCACCAUCAUCAUCACAUCGAGAUAAUUCACCAACACAUUAUCGCAAUUCAUCACAACGAAAAAAUUCAACAUCACUUCAUCGAACAUCUUCACAUUAUUCAUCAACACAUUGUUAUUCUUCACCAUCUCAACAUCCAGUAUUUGGACAUGGUUCAAGAUUUUAUUUACCGUCAUCCAAUUACCGACUUGUAUUCGUCAACAAUGAAACUUCAUUACAAGUGAUGAAUCAGAUAAUGGAUCACGUGGCACAAUGUCGGUUAUAUGCAAUAGACACGGAGUCUGAAAUGUCCAAUAAUGAACUAGCUUUAGUACAAGUUCAAUCGAUGCCUCAUCAAUUACCAUCUUACAUAAUUUUUAUUGAAUUACAUCAUUUACCUAGUCCAAAAUCAGAAAUGUAUGUAUAUGUAAAAAAAUUGUUUGAUUUAAUCUUUAGAUCAACAAACAAAUUGUACGGAUGGGGUAACAUAUACAUGGAGUUAAAUUCAAUUCAAAAUUUAAUUACACGGACUGAACCAGCUGAGCUUAUUAACAUCCAACCUCAUUAUGCUAUAUGGUACGAAAGGGCACGGAUUCUUUGUAGAGUCCAGAGCCUGAUGAAUCAACCUGAAGAAGAUAAUGAUGUUAAAAAUGAUCGACAAGUUGCUGCACAACCUGCAUGUUCGUGUCAUCCUGUAAGUCCAUAUAAACCAAGUGAAUUAUGGUCGUUACAGAAGGCUCUUUUUUAUGCAAGUGGAUUGGUCAUUGAAAAAGAAUGUACAAGGAGUCAUUGGGCACAGAGUUUGACGUCAACAAGCUCAUCAUUAUCAUAUUAUACUCAACAGAAGAUGAUCGAUUAUGCUAAGGAAGAUGUGAUGUCAGUGAUAUUUCUUCUAAGACCAAUAAUGGAACAAUGGACUUUUACAAUGAUAAAAGAUCGAAGAAUCGAUGAAGUAUUUAUGGCAUUCCAACCGACAAAAUUACCAACAUUACCAAAACCACACAAGAAAAAGAACAAGAACAAGAAUAUUGAUCUGGGAAAAUUUUCAAGAUUGUUGUACGGAAGAGAUCCAGGUUUAUCAGAUGAAGAAAUUUAUCUAUGCCAACUCAUCGAAGCAAAAGAUUCAAAUGACAAUGAUGUUACAGCUAAUGAUGGUGGUGUUGUUCCUGCAGUGAUUGAAAAAUCAACUGAAGAAUUAACUGAAGCAUUACAACAUGAUUUAAUAGAUAGUUCAGAUGAUGAAUUAUUAUGUGGUAAUGAUGAACUAAAUGCAGCAAUACAAGAACAACAAUUUGAUCAAGUAGAAAAUGAAUCAACUGAUGUUGAUCUUAUUUUAAAUGUCAAGCCUGAUACACCAAUUGAACAAGCACCACAACAACAAAUACAACAUAAAUCAGUUAGAUUAGGUCGAGCAAGAAGAAGUAGUGCAUGGAAGAAACACAACAACAAGAAGCGAAAUAAUACGAAGAAAAAAAAUCGUUAUCGAUAUUUCAUUAAAUUCGACUAUUAUAAUCGUUUUCCGAAGAAAUUAAUCAGGAAGAUUCUUCGAUACUACAACAUCGAAUUUACGCACGUCAAAGAAGAUGAUGAUAAAAGAUUAUUAAUUGGAUUAAAGAAUAGUGAAUGUGAACAAGACGCACGAAGGAAAUUAUCAAGCAGCAUGUUCAAUAGAAACGGUUACUUCCAUUAUCGAAGAAAAUUUGGACAUUAACCUCGUGCUGUUAUUUUUUCUAUUUUUUUAUAUAUUUUUUUUUUUUUGUCUUUCCUUUUUUGUGAUCUGUAUCCGGUGCGUUUGCUAGUAAUGUUAACAGAUAUUUUCUCUCUCUCAUUUUUUUUUCUCUUCUGAAAAAGUAUUUGUGAACAAAACUUUUUUCUUCAAGGGGAAGGGUGUUAUGGUUUAUUUCAUUCAGCCAUGACAUCUAUACCUCGACUAU